UCGGCCGCCGACGAGGGAGGACGUACUCAUCAUCAUGAAGAUGCCAAACAGCCUGGAAGCUCACAAGCAGUUCAUAUACCGCUGCGUUCAAACGCUGGAGCACUCGUGCAAGUGCAGCGAGGCGAAGUGUCGCCUGGGGAUGUACUCGUGCCAGAAGAUGAAGCUGGUGUUCUACCACACGCGCGUCUGCCGCCGCAAGCUGACGGACAACUGCGGCAUCUGCCGUCAGCUGGUGGUGUUGUGCUGCCACCACGCCCGCGGCUGCCGCGCGCGACACUGCGUCGUCCCCUACUGCUGCCAGAUCAAGAAGCGCGGCGAUCUCCGCAGCUUCCGCGACCCCGUCAUCUAUAAUCACAUUAACUAAAUCCAACCCAUCCACUAAUAUUGUAGUUGCACUAUGUCUGUAUUCCUUUGUCUCCCAGAUGGAAAAUUACUUUGAUUAUAUAAUGUCAUCAUCAGUGAGGCAGUAUCUGUAAGUCUGUAAAGUGUCACAUUUUAUUGUUCAUUUGAAAUGUUAAACAAUAUUUUUCUAGAAUUUCUGCCCAUAAAGCUGUGUUAACUUUAACGUUCUCAUGUAUGCACAAAAUGUUUGCUUAGCAUAAUAUAUUCUGAUGCUGCCCAUUCCCUUUGGUGUAUUUGAAACUCCUUGGUCUCUCAUAAUGUGUCUGCACUUGCGAAUAUCAUUUAAUGUUUAAAUACACUUUAUUUGCUGU